AUGGCCCUGGAAGGAGACAAUGACGACUUACCAACGUUAUCGGCCGAAACAUUUGCGGCUCUCCAACAGUUCUACAACGAAGAAGAUUCCCGAGAAAAAGCGCGACUCGAUAUCGUCCAGGCAGAUGCUGCCGCACCCGUCGACUACACCACCCUGACCUUUGACGAGGAUUGGCAGUUGAGCCAGUUCUGGUAUGAUGAAGCCACAUCGAAUGCAUUGGCUGACAUAUGCUUGGCUGUGGCCGAAAAUAAUCCGGGGAACGACCCGACGAGGAUCGCUUGCCUCUCUUGUCCAACGCUCUUUUUGGCGUUGAAGAAACGGCACCCUCAACUAAGCAAUGUGAUUCUGUUUGAGUUUGACAAACGCUUCUCGAAAUUGGGUCAAGACUUCACCUUCUACGACUAUAAAUCUCCGCUGGAUGUGCCGCGUGAAUGGAGGGAGUAUUUUGAUCUGGUGGUGGCGGAUCCCCCGUUCCUCUCUGGGGAAUGUCUCACUAAAACCGCCGUGACCAUGAAAUUCUUGAGCAAAGGCAAAAUGAUUCUCUGCACAGGUGCAACAAUGGCUGACAUGGCUGAUCGAUUGUUGCAUUUAAAGAAACAGGAGUUCAUACCCGGCCACCGGAAUAAUUUGGCCAACGAGUUCCGCUGUUUCGCCAAUUUCGACAUGAAAGCGAUUACGAACAAAGACGGAGACAACCUGUCAUCUUAGCUAAUAAACGACCUGUCUUCCCACUUUUGAAGAACGCAUGAAUGCGAAUACUUUGUCUUAAUAGGCCUGGUCGUAUGCCGACUGCAUUGUAGGCCUACUCUCUGUCAUCGAACCGACGUAAAGCAAUUCCCAUCACGAAAA